UGAAAUUCAUCUCACUCACCUCUUUCAUCGUGUCUGUCGCGGUGAUGACUGGCGUGGCAACCGCGUACAACCCCAUCGGCCAGUCUUGUGACACCUUUAAUAUUCUUUCAUGCGGACAGGACGCGAGCCUGAACGGCGGGAAUCCGUUCAUUUAUGAAUGUGUACCAACCAUAGACGAGUACGUGUACGUUGUAGGCUGCCCCUGCCCCACUUGCUGUGUCACCGCGUCCGCUGGUGUUGCGUACUGCGUUUGAAAGUGAGA